GAAAUUUUGAAAUUGCCUGCUAACUAACAUUUUUAUUUCGGUUGCAAGAACAAAUUUCCGUCAUUAUGGCACACUGGACACCAAAUCAAUAUCUGCAGUCUAUGGAUGAUGCACUUUCAGAGAAGGAUGGUGUUGUGUGUGCAGAGUUACUUUCCUUUAACCAUCCUCACAUCGCUAACCCACGCCUCCAGAUGGAACAUCCUGAGUCAACUGUUCAACGAGUGUUUGAUCCCCCAUGUGAUGAGCUCAUUGCUGCCCAUUUACGAUGUUGCUGGGCAGUGUCAAAUCAUGACUUUAUUGAAGCCUAUGGUUGCCAGUCUGUGGUGGUACAAGCAUUCGUCAAACUGUUUCAAAGUGUGAAAGAGGAGAAUUGGCCGCUUUCUAUCAUGUUUUCUGUCUGUCUUGAUCUCAGGCUGUUUGCUAACAGUGCAGACCUUCAAGCUGCAAAGAAAGGAAAAGGAAAACCUGGUGAGAGACUGGAGAAGUCAGCUGAACUCUUGAUGUCAUGCUUCAGAGUGUGUGCAAGUGAUAACCGAGCUUCAGUUGAGGACACAAAAAAGUGGGGAAUGCUGAAUCUAGUGAACCAGUUAUUUAAGAUAUAUUUCAAGAUAAACAAACUUCAUUUGUGUAAGCCAUUAGUGCGUGCCAUAGACAGUUUACCCAUCAAAGACAGGUUUCCUCUCUCCCAACAAGUCACUUACAGAUACUAUGUGGGAAGGAAGGCUAUGUUUGAUAGUGAUUUCAAGAGUGCGGAUGAGUUCCUUUCCUAUGCUUUUGAGCGUUGCCAUCGAGCCAGCAAGAAAAACAAGAGAAUGACUUUAAUAUACUUGUUACCUGUGAAGAUGUUGUUGGGUCACAUGCCAAAACAAUCCCUGUUACAGAAAUAUGAUCUGAUGCAGUUCUACGAUGUAGCAAAGGCUGUCAGUUCUGGAAAUCUGUUGCUGCUGAAUGAAGCAUUGGAGAAGAAUGAAGCUUUCUUUAUCAAGUGUGGCAUUUUUCUCAUUCUGGAGAAACUCAAGAUCAUUACAUACAGAAAUCUCUUUAAGAAAAUUUACCUGCUCCUAAACACUCACCAGAUACCAGUGAAAGCCUUCACAGCAGCUCUCAGGAUGAUGGAGGUUACAGAUAUUGACGACGACGAAACAUCAUGUAUCAUCGCAAAUCUUAUCUACGAGAACAAGAUAAAGGGCUACAUUUCCCAUCAACAUCAGAAACUAGUGGUCAGCAAGCAGAAUGCAUUCCCUGUCCUAGCAUCAGUGUUAUCAUAGUUAUGUUGGCAUAGCAAGUAAAGCCAUCACUACAAUUUCUUGUUAUGACUUCAGCUAUGUUAGAUUCGCUAUUCUGAAAGCAACGUUAUGGCUGUAUCUGUUUUUAUAGAGGGCCACCAAAACUAUCUGUAGCACCAGUGAUUGCUGUGACCUUAACUUUCAAUGUCUUGACACAGUCAUUCAAUGCAAGAUACAUGUACCCAAUGUCACCUGACUGGAUUUUAAAAGCUGCUUGUUGGAAAUUAUCACAAAUAAGAUACAAUGGUUAAAGUGCUUCAUUGUUGAAUUUUAAUGUUGGAUCUUUAUACAUGAAAAAAAGAAAGUGUGGAGUUGUUGGAGAAGAGAAAGUGAUAAAGUAUGUUCCUAGAAUGUGUGAUACUGGAAUAUGAUGUGUGUGAAAUUAGAAAGGUGUAUAUGAGAAAUAGAUAAAAGUGGUGGUAUUGGAAAAAUAGUGCUAGCAUUAAUGAAUGUGCUAUGUAUGGUGAAACUAUCUUAUGAAUGAUUUGUGAUUUUAAAUGUGUAUGGAGUUUUGAUGUGUGGAUGUAUUUGUAAUAAAACAAUUUCAGAAUA